AUUUUCCUGGGUAUUACGACAACCGUAACCCACCGUAUCUCAUGGAUGCCCGACAACUAAUGAGCGUCGUAGACGACGAAUGUAGAGUUGAUUCGCCAUUGCUUCUGUAACGAAAACUAAAGACAGACACAAGGAGUGUUUGUCUUAUGAGAAGCCGUUUUUAAGGAAGGAUACAAAACCCUUUCUGCCAUGUCUGCGUCGGGUGGUCAGACAUCUUCGAAAACACUUACUGCUGGAAGUAUGACAGGUGGGUCACAGGGAGGGUCGGGGUCUGGACGAGCAGGAGCACUACCGCUGCGCAGAAGACGAGCGAAGGUGACUAAUGAGAAGAAAAUCGCCGACGACGAAUUUAUGGCUGCAGCUAUCGGAGAUGUUGAAUGGUUGAAACAGAGCCUACGAGAAGUCGGAUCGCAGAUCGUCUUCGACAAAAAUGGCCUUGCUGCAUUACACCUAGCUGCUAUACAUGGUCGCUUGGAAUGCAUAAAACUGUGUAUUGAGAAAUUCAAGCAGGAUGUCAACCUAGCCAGCUCCACAGGCUGGCGACCUGUGCAUCUCUGCAUAAGUAAUCAGACUGGAAAGCGCUCCCUGCAGUGUCUGACUUAUCUGCUAGAGAAAGGAGCAGAUUCUUCCAUUGCAAAUGAUGAUGGAAUAACACCAGUUCACCAAGCAGCCAGUGAAGGCCAUGUUCAGUGUCUGAAGUUCCUCAUUGAAGUUGGUGCCAAGAUUGAUGGCAAAGAUUGUCGUGGAAAUACCCCACUGGAUCUUGCUAAGUUGUGGGGACACCGCAAAUGUGCAAGAAUUCUUGCAGCAGAGAUGUGGCACCAAGACAAAAACAACGUAGCCCAGGAGAUGCGGCAGCUGAAGAAACUCAAGAUGCAGCAGGUCCUUCGAGAGCUGGAAGAGGAGGCAGAAGUCCAGGCAGCCCACCAGUUCUACGGCCAGCAAGCCUACGAGCAGUGGCUUUCCACUCGUGGAUUGAGAGUCACGAAAACAGGUCUGGUAAAGACUGACUCACCCAAGGCUCAGGCUAAACCAGGCAAGAAACCUACCGUCACCAUUCGCGAGCCUCUCAUGAAACCGAACAGCAUGGCCGUCCGAGGUCCCCAGGAGGUCGUAGCAGAAAGUGGCGCCAUCACCAUGUCAGUGUCAGUGGGCAAGAAGGUCUCCACGUCUUCUAAGCCCAGCCGUCUGGACACAGCGACCACCAUGAUGUCAGAACUCGACGCUGGCCUGUACGGUCAUGGUGAGCAACGAGAACCAAGUGCAAAAGUAGAGGCAAGAACCGUCUCGCCGGAUUACUACAAUCCCAACAAGUGGAACUUCUCCCCGAAGACACGCACAGCUUACGUCCCCAUUCUCAAGGACGAAUACCCCAGGGAUGAGUACACCCUGAUGCCGAAAACGGGUGACGUUAAGUAUUUUGAUGGGAAACAUGCGAAGGAAGAAUCUGACAGUGGUGAGAAGAAAGUAGGAGCGACCGAGAAGAAUUUGCGAAAACCAAAUCUUCCACAGGAGGUCAUAGAGAGAGAGAUGUCGAAGGAUCCUUCUCUUUUCGAUCGACCGAUUCUGUUCAAGCCGAGGCACAUCGAUGAUGUUCACAAGAAAAAGAAGUACGCACGCGAGGAGAAGCCUCUCAGCGAAGCUCCGCUUCACCUGUGCAAUGAUGUCACCUCAGAUUUAGUCAAGUUGAGUGUCCUCUUCAAUCCACAUUCUGAGAAGCCGAGUCUGAAGCCCCAGAAGUCCGCAGGGAAGGCCUCGCGCCAGACUUCCGGUAACUCAGAGAGCAGUCAUCCGAAUGGCCCUUCGUACUCCUGUCCUCUACCCGAACUACUCACAACACUGAAGCUGAUGCAGAAGCCUGACCAUUACCCACCCAUUCGUGGCAAAGAGUAUGACAUCCGCAUGGACAAUGUGGUCGUCCACUGAAUCUUGGCAGACACUAGGCUAUCAUGACCCAUGACCCAUUUUAUCGUGUUUUGCUCAGCUCACUUUGCAAGUACUGAUGUAUUGUGUGUACACAAUAUUGUCGAUGCAUAUUAGUAGUUAUUUUAAGAUCUGGCAUGAACAAGUCCUGAACUCUUAGAAAAGUUUAUAGUUGGGGUGUAUCGGACUGUCAUUAACAGCUUUAAACGCAGCAAACCCUUUGUAAUAAGUUGCAAACAAUCCAAUCAAGAAUUGUAAGUAAAUCUUUCAACAUCAUCGCAGGCUUGUUCAAUCGCCAAGCAACUCCUUAAAUGAUGUAGACCGAACUUGUCUUCCCUUGAUUUUUGUUUCCUGGGUAAUCUUUUUUUUUUUUAUAACCUUUUAUAAGAUUCUCCCUUUCUUUUCGUCAAAAAAA